CUAACAUCAUUUUACCAUAAAAAUAAAGGAAGUAAAUAAGACGUACUAAAUGAAUAUUAUACCAAUUCAUCUCUUCUACCUUUAUUAGGUUUCCAAUUUUCUUUUCCUUCGCGUCAACUCAUACCCUUCAGCUGAAUAAUUCUCUCAUUUUGAUUCGGAAUUUGUUGUAUCUACUGAACGGCAAUUUUACUCCGGCAGGCUCAUCCGUCGAUUUGUGCCUGAAUUUGGGUGAUGGCGUCCGCCGGCAACAAGAACAUCAACGCCAAGCUGGUGCUUCUUGGAGAUGUUGGAGCUGGAAAGUCUAGUUUGGUGUUGCGAUUUGUGAAGGGGCAAUUCGUUGAGUUUCAGGAAUCAACUAUAGGAGCUGCAUUUUUUUCCCAAACAGUUGCUGUGAAUGAUGCAACUGUAAAAUUUGAGAUAUGGGAUACAGCAGGUCAGGAGAGGUACCACAGCUUAGCUCCAAUGUACUACCGUGGAGCUGCCGCCGCUAUUAUUGUCUAUGAUAUCACAAAUCAAGCCUCAUUUGAACGGGCCAAGAAAUGGGUUCAAGAGCUUCAAGCACAAGGUACAUUCCUUAAACUCUUAGCCUUGAAUGAAGCUGAAGCUUAUGCUCAGGAGAAUGGUCUUUUCUUCAUGGAAACUUCUGCAAAGACAGCAACAAAUGUCAAUGACAUAUUUUAUGAGAUAGCCAAGAGAUUGCCUCGUUUGCAGCCUGCACCGAACCCAUCAGGUAUGGUCCUUGUGGAUCGACCAGCUGAAAGGACAGCUAGCGCUUCAUGUUGCUCUUAGGUUUUAGAAGACUUUUCGAAAAACAAAAAGUGAGAGUAAAAAAAUGAUAAUAAAUUAUAUUAAUUUGUGUGCAUAAAAACACUUGGUUACAACUCUUGCGUACCAGUUGGAUUGCCCAGAUUUGUACAGGAGUUGAUUUUUCUUUAUGUAUUUCACAUUUUCACUGUGAUUUGAUAAAUUGUUGUUGGAUUUUUAUUAGUUUUCACAGAUCUCUGGAAUUUGCCUGUUUGCGUUUGAUUUGUUGCAAGGAAGUUUUAAUAUGAGACUCAUCUUAAACGUGGUGAUCGAAGGCAAGGCAGAGAUCAUCUUCUUCUUCUUCUUCUU